AAAAAAUGGCACAGGGCAACUAUGUCAGCAAGUACUCGGGCGAGUUCUGCAAGCUGGUCGUCGAGGGUGACCUCGCCAAGAUCAAGUCCAAGUUCAAGGACUUUGUGCUGGACUACCAGACGCCGGACGAUCUCAACACCCCGCUCCAUCUGUCCAUCAUUGCCCAGCAGAACCGCAACGAGAUCAUGCAGUUUCUCAUCGAGUCCGGCGCUGACUGUGAUCUGCGCAACUCGAUGAACCUAACGGCGUCCGAGCUGGCCAUUAACCUGAACUUUCUCGACGUGACCAAGUUUAUGCUGGCGAUCGAGUUCCGGAAUCUCUCCGACUAUCGGUGCUUCUACCGGUUGAUUCGCCGAGGUUCGGUACCACUGCUGCAGCUGUUCCUCGAGCUGAAGAGCUUCGACGUCCACCAGCAGAUCCACUUUGUGUCCAGCGUGUGGCACGAGCUGUACGUCAAGAACGUGCAGAUCUCCAAAAACAUGGAAAACUUUCUCGAAUACCAACUGCUCAACUACAGCUACGCAUAUCAUCACCCUCCGAGCCAAAAGCCCGAUCGGCUCAAGUUCGACAAAGAGCACGAGAACCGCAUCGAUCUGAUCGUCGAAUACACCCGGUACCUCACCACCAACUACGCCACCGACAAUCUCAACGACUUUGACGACAAGUUCCUCCUGGCAAUCAAAAUCAUCUACGACAACCUGUUCUUCAUCAAAGACAAGCACGAGUUCGCCCACCUCCCCAUGCUGGAGCUGGAACGCUGCCUGGCGAUCUUCCUCGCCAUCUUCAAGAAAAGCCCAGAGUACGAAAUCUACAAACUGAUCAUCAACAAAAAGCAGCUGCUCCAAUUCCUGACCGCAUUCUGUGACGAACUGGACAAGAUCAAGAACGAACUCCUAGACAAGGAAAACCGCACCGCGCACAAAUGGACCAACGAUCUCCUGCUACACCUGAUCAACUGCAUCCGUGACGCUGCACCCGCCAAGUCCACCAAAGCGAUCAACGCGCUGUGGACGAAAAAAUGUCCCCUCAAAAAGAAACUCAUCUACUACAUCAAAGCCCGCCUAAAAGCCAACCCAGAGCUCAACUCGAUCCAGUCCCGACUAAUCAACAACCUGUCCAAAGCGGAACUAGAAAUCAUCCGAGCCGAAAUGAAAACUCCGCAGUUCCUCAACCUGACGCGAACAAUUUCCCGCAAAAACUACGUCGUGUUCAAAAGGCUCCGUAAUAUCUCGGACCACCUGUCCCAACUGUACGCGAUCAAGAAGAUCCUCCGCUACCUGGACGGAAUCGCCCGCGUCCAGCUGCCCCAGUACCAGGUUUCGGGGACGCUCGCCCUCAAACGCACCCUCCAAGUUCUGGCGGACACCACCAGCAGUACAAAAUAUGGCCCGCGGAUUCAGCGCAAGCUCGAGUACGUGGUGCACAAGAUCCUGCCGCUCAACCUGGACAUCGAGCUGCGGGACUACUACACGCCAAACGUCACCCUGUACAAACUAUGCUCGGACAAGCUGGAGAACCGCCUGAUGCCGUUCGCCGAAGUGCAAUGCAGUCUCAAGUCGGUGCGGCGAUACUUUUCGUACAUCUUCGACCUGAAGAUCCUGGAAGCGUACAAGUGCUAUCUGGGGAACGUGUAUCAGCUGAAAGAUCGCGCCCAGGUGAAGAGCUACAACCAGUACGUCGGGGAGGCAAAUCGGCUGUACUUUGAGAAUCACACCCUGGAUGAUCUGUACUUCGAGCUAGAAGACUGUAUACGAGUGGUGGAGGAACUGCAAGACACGUUCAACCAGCAACACGACGACAAAAUCAGCGACCUCCUUAGGUGCAUCCACAAACCGCUGAACCAACGGUACGAGCAACUCCUGCGCGAAGGCAAGACACUUCUCAACACAAUCAGUACAAACUUCAACACGUGCAUGCUGCUCGGAUCUGCCAACCAGGACAUGUCCAGGGUGAAACGAAUCGUGCACUCGUUCCUCGCCGAGCAGUACCCCAAGUACGACAUCAGCACCGACAGCCAGCUGGUGACGGUCAACUUUGUCCUGCAGGAAAUGCUGCAUCUCUUCACCAACUAUCUGUACCAGUACCAGAUGGACGAUCGCGUCUCGAAGAACUUCAUCACCAUGAUCAACGUGCUGAACGUCGAGCGUUACUUCGCGAUCGACCACUUUAUGCCCCAGCGGGGCAAGGAGUACGAAAGUCUGAUCCACCAGAACUACACCAACGAAAUCCUGAAAAAGUUCAACCUGCAGAAUCUCAGCUCGAUCGAGUUUGCCGUACUGCACGAGCAGCUCGCCGUCAACUACUACGACAACUGCUUCAACCUGGACAAAAAGUACGCCGUGCUGACGAUGUUCCUGAAGACGACCAACCGACAGAUCAACGACGCCAUCAUGAAGCGCAACAAGCGCAUGGAUCGCGAAGAGUUCCAGUCGUACGCGGAGAGCAAACUGAAGCUGAUCGGGCAGUUCCUCCCCUGCAGCGACUUCAACGAAGUGACGCAGUUCAUCAACGAAGCCGCUCCACACGUCGAGUUUGCGCUGGAGUUUUGCCUGCUGGAGAUCUGCGAAAUCCUCACCGAUCUGAACGUGUUCCAGGACAAUGCGUACGUGCUGAAACUUCAGUCGUCCAUCAUCAGCGGAAAGAACCUUCGGGAAUACCUGCUGCACGACCCGCUGGCGUACGACAUGCUCACGCUAACGCACAGCACCAAGGUGAAGGUAUUUCUGAACGGGUUGAUAUUCAAGAGCAACGACUUCAAACUCUACCAACCGCCGAACAACCUGAAGGUAAACGUGAGUGAUCUGGCCACGAUCAACGAGAAUCUCAUCAACAGUUACAAAACAAAGUGGAGCUGGGUCGAGCAGCAGGAGCGACUGUUCAAGUCGGUGGAGAACAUCGACCUGAAGCUGUUGCAAGCGCUGACGCCGGACUACGCCGAUGUUCGUGGGAUGAGGUUGGGAGCGCUGCAGGACGAGGCACCGAUCGCGGAGUACGAGAUUAUCGACUACACGAUCAAGAACAACCUGAAGGCGAUGAUCGACUUUUUGGCGGAGGACGUGCAGGCGAUUUCGUUCGAGAAGCAGCAGUUCUUCCAGUACUUGCUGGUGCGAAGUUUCGGCUCGUUGUUCGUGGAUGCGCACAUCAACCUGACCGGUCAGUACGAGCGACAGGCGACGAUCCUGUACAUGGCGCUGUACUUCCGCGCGUACGAAGUGUUUCUGGAGAACGUGAAAAAGUUCGAGCUGAGCAUAAAUUUGUCCAAGAUCGCCCGGUACAUCAACGCCGAGUUUAUCGACAAGAUCGCCAAGCAGAUGAAGGACAUCAGCUGGAACUGCCAGGACGAGAACGGGAUGACCGUGCUGGAUCAGUGCAUCCAGAAGGGGGACGUGCAAGCGGUGAAGAAGCUGAUCAAGCUGAACGUGGACGUGAACCUGGGCAAUGCGGACAGCACGACGGCGCUGCAUCGGGCUUGCAGUUUGGGGUUGAACGAUAUUGCGCGGUUUUUGGUUAAACAAAGCGGACAGCUGAACGCUUGCAACGAGCUGGACUACCUGCCGGUGACGUACGCGAUUCAGUACCACGAAAACGAGCUUAUUCCGAUGCUGAUCAACGAUCAGGUGGACGUGAACGAGGAGCGGUACGCGUUGGUGAGCAGAUCGAUCCGGUAUGGGAACUUGGACGCGUUGAAGUAUCUGCUAGAGACGCGACAAGUGUGUUUGACGACGAUCGCGAACCAAGAACACAAUACGCUACUUCACCUGUGUGCGAUACACGAUCAGGGUGAGAUUUUGAAGUACUUGAUCAGCAGCCACUCGCGGUACGUGCAGGACAAUCUGAACAAGCAGAACUACUACUCGAAGACGGCACUGCACAUUGCGGUCAGCGCCGAUCGGUACCGGAUCGUGGAGUUGUUGCUCCAGCUGAAGGCUUCCAUUGCGGUGGUGGAUCAAUGCGGACUGAACGCCGUCGAGUGGGCGAUUGAGCGAAGCAGCGUGAAGAUGCUGAAGCUGCUGGCAAAGUACGGCUUCGCGCAGCAGAAGCUGUCGAUCCCGUUGACGAUCGCCGUGGAGAAGAAAAACGUUCGACUGCUGAAGCUGCUGAAACGGAUGGGCUGUGGGGUUGGUUUGGAGCCGCUGUGUCUGAUCAAGGCCGUGUACGCGCAAUCGGUGGAGCUGGUCAAGUUUUUGGUGGAGAGUAACAAGCAGUGUUUGAACUACAAAGAUCCUUAUGAUAGCUCGGCGCUGCACGUGGCGAUCGCAAUCGGUUGUAACGAGAUCGCGGCAUUUUUGAUCGAGAGUGGUUCGGAGAUCAACGCGGUGACGAGGUUUGGCGAUACGCCGCUGCACGUGGCGGCGAAGCACUGUAACAUCAUAGCUGCACGGAUGCUGAUCCUGAAGUAUGCGGCGAUCGACGAACGGAACUCGUCCGGGUUGACGCCGCUCAUGCAGGCGAUGUACUCGAAGAAUUUGGACAUUAUGAAGCUGCUGAUCGGGGCUGGUGCGAACAUCGACCUGCUCAAGAUCCACCUGGCGGAAAUCGAGCAGAUGUCCAAGAUCCCGACGAUCCACAUGUUCGCCGACAACUACGGCCUGCUGGAGUUUAUGAUCCUGCAGCUGCAGUACGAUCCGAACGUGCGCGACGGCCGCAACCAGCAGAACCUGCUGCACAAGGCGUGCUACGGUAACAACCUGCAGAUCGUGCAGUUCCUGGUCGACUGGUGCCGCGUGCAGACGGAACAGCAGGACACCAACGGGCGGACGCCGCUGGCGAUCGCCAACGAGUGCAAAAACUUUGACGUGGCCGAGUUUCUGCGCGGCAAGAAGAGGAAAAAGUCCCAGAUAACUCCCCAGCGGUACUUUGACCCGACGGGGAUGAUGUGAGGAACGUUUCCGUUUCUUUAAGAAGCCCGUUGAUUUAGAAUUUCAGGUUGACGUCCUCCGUACCCAGCUGAACGAUCGCUGGGCGAGCUAGCUGCCAAACAACUCUCUACUGCAAUGGAUAGUGUGUGAUUCUGUCACAGCGCGCCGAACUCCCGUCCAAGCCUGUUCAGCACCGUGUGCUGCUGCUGUCUCGGGAUGUCCGGUUCCAGCGAUCUCGUCCCAGCGUCGAUCGCCAAAGCCGGUACGGAAGACUUCAACUCCAGCUGAAUCGACGCCACGUGCGGUCGGUGUCCACUUGGAGUGCGAUUCAGCCGAUUUUGACCGAAAGUUCCUCUUUUUUAACGCGUGAGACUAGCACGAGAUCGUCACAACGGGACUCGCAACAUCUCAGCGGAGAUGAUCGCGACUUUUUUUAAAUACAAACUUUUACGCGCGUGAGUCCCACAAUCGUCACGACUCGUGGUGGCCUCCCUCCACUUAGCAUUACAAAAAUUCGAGCUGAAUCCGCUUCAGGGACGCGACACUGCUCGCACAGAAUCCCCGUUUCGAGGUUAAUCUCCGUUCUAGUCAGUGCGUGGGAGAUGUGUUUGAGUGCCAUCUUUCCCAUCCAUGAUCCCGGCGAAUCAAAACGAACCGCUCCAGAAGCCUUAAGGAGGUGUUAGACUACGACAAACAAACACGCAACUUUUUCGGGUUUCGCAGUAACAUAACAAAACUUUUCCCGGAUCGCUUCCGGAAAAGAUUCGGAAGCAAUUUUGUAUGGUUUGACGUUUGCGAGGAAAGUCGAAAAAAUGUAAACAAAUCACUUCGUGCAUCAGCCAAGGCUAAAGUUUCUGCAAAUAAAUGCAGGCAAACUUUUUGUUUGUCAUAGUCUAAUACCUCCUUUAUCGACAUUCUGAAACAAUUAAACUCUCUUGCAGCAAGUUGCAACUCACUAAAAUCUCAGAGAUAUUCUUUAAAAAAACACUCUUUUCGUUUUAUCUGUUUUAUCUAUUGAACGUUUGUUUUCUUCGUCUACUAAAUCCUAUCGAGCGCUGGUAAAGUCCGCACAGAUGGCAACCACGUCAGAGAAGGGGGCAGUGUUGCCAAAAAACUAUUCCUACUACACCUAACGACUAAAACACUAUACUAUUACUACUAUUACUAGUGCGAUACACUAUUAAAUCGCGCGAUCAGAAGAGUUUAUAUAUCAGUGUAAUAAGAAUAUAUCUCCCAGAAGUCUAGUUUUUUCCCGGAAAUUAGAAACUACAAACAAUCUAGAUUUUAAUCGUGAUUUACUGUGUAAAAAUGUGUGAUUUUGCGCAUAAACAAUUGAUCGUGAGUAGAUCAGUUUUAAGAGAAACAUCAGCAAACAAGAUAUGAAAACUUAGAACAACACAACUUUCCUUUUAACAAAAAAAAACUCGCAGAAGUAUAGCUCUAAGAACAUUAUUUUUUGUUUAGCAUGUAGGCGUAAACAACAAACAAGAUAGACAACUACACUUAAGAUAAGGUAAACAAAACAGAACACUAACACAUUUUAUCGUACCUUUAAGUAACGAAACCUCGCAUAUUCUUUCGCCAUGGCAAAUCACAGACGAUUUCGGAAAGUUCCCCUACGCAAUCUCCCGAACCAUUAGAGAGUGAAACAACUUCCAAAUAAGAACAAAAACCUCGCAUAAAUAGAAUAACAAAAACAAAAGCACCACCAGCACCAACUGGGUGGUGACAGCUCGAAGCUUCGGGAGCAACGUUGGGAACGCCGAAACGUCGUCGGUGAUGGCUGCCGCGGCAAGGAAAAACUAUAAAAUAUAAAUUAUUUAUUAGGUAGACACUUGUUAUGCAUGCACCAAAUUUAAUAUAAUAUAUUAAAUUUCAAUGCAUCAUAGUGACAAACACAAACAAACAAAAAAGAAUACUAAAAACUCGCAAUCAGACUCGCAUCAAAAAGGAAGAAGAAGUAAAAUAGUCUAAAAUCAAAAUCCAAGGACAAACAGAGCAAACAGAAUCACUAAAAACCCUUAAAAAAAGGGUCCGCAACAAUCACUCAAGAAGCAAAUACUUUGAAGGAAGGAAAAUAGACUGAAAUCACAAAAAAAAAUCGCAAGAACAUGCCAAGCGAAACAAGAAGAGAAAUGGAAAUCAUAAAUGAAACGUAAAGUAAAUCAACUUUAUAAAGCAAAAAAAAGUCAUGCAGGUGUCUCUGUUUAAUGUCUAACGUUUAAAACAGAAAUAUAUGAAAAAAGGCAAACUAUAAAAAAAGAAAA